UUUUUUUACAAAAUGGCUGAACUGUAAAGACGUGUAUUGAAAAUUUUAUUAAAAUGGAGCUAAUAAACGACAACUUUUCCAAAGAAAACGAAACUGUGUGUUAUUCGGAAGUUACAGAUUACGGUGACAUAGUGUGUAACGUGAUUAACAAAGUGAUUUGCGUUGAAUCUAGCUCUUGGGUAUCGGACGAGGAAACGUUGGACUUGAAGUGUACAAUAAAGCCUCCAAAUAUAUUUAAGCCUAGAGAUAGAGAUUUAAAUAUGCGUGCGUGAGUGUAAAAUGGCUUAGCAUCCUCUUUGAACCUGUAAAAAUAGUGUAAAAUUGUAAAAAUGCAUAGUUUUAAUAGUACGCGUCAAGGACGCAAUCUUUUGGAUCUAAACGGAUUUGCUCCGAUCCAUUUUCCACUUACAAGUUAUUCAACAAACCCCCGGACAGAAACUAAGGAAGAAAUGAAGCACACAUACGGGGAUACCUUAUACUUUAACAACUUACACCUAAUUCCUGAUCCGCUCAAGAAAAAUUUGGCAGAUUCAAUUAUAACAGGUGAGGAAAAAAAUAAAUCUGAUAUGUACGAGACAAAGGAGGCUGAGAGGCCUCAAAGGCCUGAUUAUUAUCCAUCUCUAGCGGGUAUAACGAGUUUCUUUUCUGGUGUUCUCAAUGUAAUGGGAGCAAUAUUCCAGAAGCGUACGAACUCGCAAACAUCACAAUAUUACGAUUGUUUUGAAGACUACAACGACCAGCAGAUGGCGCCGACACCCUGGCAGAGUUCCAACAUUGAGGUUCAAAAUAAGAAUGAACGGGAACCAUUCAUUUUGGCCAGUAAUAAUGAAGUAAAUACAAAUUUGGAACUUGAAAUGAGUGCAGACUGUAAAUUAGCUGCAAGCAAUUGUGAGGAAAAGUUAAAUCAGGUUCGAUUGCUGUUAACUAAUAAAAAUAAAAUAAAUGAUAAACCAUCAAAGUUCCGCUCAAGCAGGCCAAGGAAAACCUUCGUAGAAGCAGGCUCUGUGGAAGAUUCAUUUGAAGAUGCCUUCCCCCCGGAAGAUCUUAUGAGUGAUCCCAAUGACCCUUAUAUUGAAUUUUACAUCCCUUACAAUUUACACCAUGAAGAAUUUAUUUACGCAGAUGCCCCAAAAGUUCAGACUGAAAUGUGUACAAAGGAACCUGUGGAUAAAAACAACAGUUUACCUGUUUGUUACAAAGAGAAAGCAAAUCUAAAUGAGAAAACUGUGAUAAAUGACAAUAGCUCUUUAAAUAGUGAAGAAAUAGUGUCCUCCUGUGAAGACAAAUUGGGGAAGCUAAAGGCAUUGUUGCAAAAAGGUAAACCAGUUGUAAAAAACCAUCCAGAAUCAACACAUAAAGAACCUCAAAUUACAAAUCCCAUUACUUUACCAGUUCACAGAUUAGAAAAUGACAAAGACAUGCCAAAUGAAACUGUGUUUGGCAUUGAAAUAAAUUCAACAGAGCUACAGAAUUCACAAGAUAGUGAAUAUUUCAAUGAAGUUACUGGUAAGUUUUUCUCAUCAUCUGUAGAGAGUGAUGAUUCAUUUCAAAUAGUUUUCUCAGACAGCCCCCGUAGUUGUAGAAGAAGAAUCCCAUCAGAAUGUGAUUCAGAAGAUUCCUUUAUUGUCUUUGAGGAAUCACCUGACAGUUGCUACACAGCCCACGAUGUAUUUGGUGAAGAGGUUAUUGAUGCUAACCAUUCUGACUCUGACUCAGAUAUUGAAGAGGAUUCUGGUACUACUUGCAAAUUGGCUCACAAUUUGUCACGGACUUUUGGUGAUUUGACAGAUGACAGUUUAUACAGUCAUGAUGUUGUCGACAGUGUGAAAGUGUGUAAUGAGAUUUGUAACAAUAAAGUUAAUGAAAAAGAAGUGAUAGUCGACCCAAGAAGAGGUCUGUUGCAAAGUGAUGCGAAAAAAUCAGAAAAACAGAAGUUGCCACCUAAAAAGGUCACCUUCUCUACCCAACCACCCAAAGUCCACGUAAUGAGAGUCUGGGCCUUCGCAGCGAGACAAGCAAGAGCAGGCCAUUGGGAGCGGCACGCUAGAGAUAGAGAGCGAUUUAAGAGGAGAAUAGCAGAUGUAGAAAUGGCUAUAUCAUGGGUGUUCAAGCGCCAACACCGAACGCGUGUAGUCUUCCAACGGUUUAGGCCGUGGUGGAAUGCGGAAAGACGGAGAGAACUGGCCGAAAAGAAAGAAAAAGAAGAGCGAGAAAAAGAACAAAAGAAAGAAAAGGAAAUUACGGAAUUUAACGGAGAAGUUAAUAUCAUAAACGAAACAGAAGAAGCUAUUGAUAACAUUGAUAGUAAAUACCAACAACCAACUAAAAAGGAAAAUCUUGAUGACGACGAAAGAUCUAAAAAAGCGAUGGAAUGUAAUGGAACUGAAAAAAAAAAUGAUUUAAGUCCGAAUAAUGAAUCCGAUGACUUGAGUAACACAGACCAACUUGACACUGAAAUAUCGAAGCCUGUAGAAAACUUACAUAAUAAUAUUACGCUAAUACAACAAUACUCAAAUGCUUCAAUCAAUAAUUGCAAAGACUUGGAGCUCUGUGAUGAUUUAAUUGAAAUAACACCCGGAAGAAAAAAGAAGAUUCAAAUUGUGACCACAGAUGAUAUCGAGUUAUCAAAUAAAUUUCAAGAAUUAAAAGCACAAGAUGUCAAUACUUGACGAUAUGUUUACGAAAUUGGAUAGAAAUGUUCACACAGAAAUGGGAAUGUGCUAUGAUAUUGGUUUGAUGCGACUGAGCUAUAACCUUUGCGAGCUAAAGUUAACGGAGAUCUUUUAUACUUAUUUCAGUUACUGUUUUUAAAAGAAUCAAAACGUUUCGAAGGCGUCACAAAUUAAUUGAAGUGUUUGGUUCGUUAUAAUACACAUCUAAAAUUCUUCCUUUAAACAUCAAUUCAUUAAUUCCAUUUUACUAUCAACAUGUCAUUAUCAGGAGACAAACCUUUUAUCGACCGACGAGGGAUAACAUUUUCUUGUCCAUCUGUUGUCAAAACAUGGCAAUAGGGAGAAGGGUAAGUUUACCUCCGUUUGGAAUUACACGUAUAUAAUUUGGGUAUUAUUUCCACCAGUGCCAUAUGCUCGGAGUAGAUAAACUGUGGGAUGAGAUAAAAACUUUGUCUUUUCUCCGUACAGAAAAUGUUUCCUGCCUGUGUUUAAAGCCGAUAUUUAACAGAAAUGAAAUAUUAUCUACAACUCAAUUUUUGAGCGAAAAAAUCAACAAGUUUUAGCAAAGUAUGAAUGUAUUUUUAAAUAUAUUAUUUUCAAUGGGAAUUGCCUCCUAUGUUUUCUUGUCAGUAAAAUUUAGUUUAUCCUUAAAACCGAAUUGGCAAGUGUGACAUUCGCUAGCUAUUCAAUGUUUAAUAAACAUGAUAAGAAAUA